GCAAAGUGGACAGUAAUGGAGUAUAUGAGCACGGGUAGUGAUAGCAAAGAGGAGAUUGACUUGUUGCUAGCUGAUCUAAAUAUGUCUGAGGUGAUAGCCAUCAUGGAAAACCAUUAUCCAGGUGAAGACAUUGCAGUCUAUGAAGACAGCUUAAUUACCAUGUGUGAAGAGGCAAAUCAAAAUGAUGAACGUGCAGAAUCAUUACUGUUUUGUGAAGGGGAGGUCUCUUUGAUGUCCUCUGUCAAAUAUGGGACUGUGGAAGACCUGCUUGCUUUUGCCAAUCAGGUGUCUAACACUGCAAAGCAGUUUAAAGGAUGCAGACAACAGGAAUCUGGAAUCCUCUUGAAUAUGAUCACACCCAAGAACGGGCGCUAUCAAAUUGACUCGGAUGUGCUCCUGUUUCCAUGGAAGUUGACUUACAGGAAUAUUGGUUCUGAUUUUAUUCCUCGGGGAGCUUUUGGGAAAGUGUACUUAGCCCAAGACAGAGAGACCAAGAAACGAAUGGCAUGCAAAUUGGUCCCAGUGGAGCAGUUCAAACCAUCAGAUGUUGAAAUACAGGCAUGUUUCCGUCAUGAAAACAUUGCUGAAUUAUAUGGCGCUAUUUUGUGGGAUGAGACAAUCCAUCUCUUCAUGGAAGCUGGAGAGGGAGGAUCUGUCAUGGAAAAGCUGGAGAGCUGUGGGCCUAUGAGAGAGUUUGAAAUAAUUUGGGUGACAAAGCAUAUUCUGAAAGGACUUGACUUUCUCCACUCGAAGAGGAUUAUCCACCAUGAUAUCAAACCGAGCAACAUUGUCUUUAUGUCAACUAAGGCUGUUUUGGUGGAUUUUGGCCUAAGUGUUCAAAUGACUGAAGACAUUUACUAUCCCAAAGAUCUUAGAGGAACAGAGAUUUACAUGAGCCCUGAAGUUAUUCUUUGCAGAGGUCACACAACAAAAGCAGACAUCUACAGCAUGGGAGCUACUAUUAUUCAUAUGCAAACAGGCAUCCCACCCUGGGUGAACAGAUACCCUCGUUCUGCAUACCCCUCCUACCUCUACAUUAUACACAAGCAAGCUCCCCCUUUGGAGGAUAUUGCUGAGGACUGCAGCACUUCCAUGAGGGAGUUGCUAGAAGCAGCUCUGGACAGGAACCCUAACCACAGGCUGUCUGCAGCAGACCUGCUGAAGCACGAGGCCUUGCACCCACCCCCGGAGGAGCAGCCGCGGUGCCAGAGCCUGGACUCAGCGCUCUUUGAAAGGAAAAGGCUGCUCGCCAGGAAGGAUCUGCAGCUGCCAGAAAAUAUCACAGAUUCCUCUUUGUGUAAUGGGAGCAUGGAAGAGUCAGACCUGCUAAAGAGACAAAGAUCUCUCUACAUAGACCUUGGAGCUCUAGCUGGUUACUUCAAUAUUGUUAGGGGACCACCAGCCUUAGAAUAUGACUGA